AUGCUCCGGGCUCCCGAGCCGCGGCCGGGCGAGGCGGAGGCGGCCGGCUGCAGUCCGCGGGCCGCGCCGCCCACGCAGUCCAAGCCGCUGACCUCCUUCCUCAUCCAGGACAUCCUGCGGGACUGCCCCGAGCGGCGCCGCGGCCAAACCGGUCACCCGCAGCCACCGUCCGGGCCGGACCCAAGGCGCGACCCUGAGCCUGAGCCCGAGGCUGGAGGAGAAGGAGGCCGCGCCCGGGCGCCUGCGGAGCCGCUGAGCGCCGGGCCCUGUGCCGCUCCGGGGGAGGCCGAGACGCUGGCGGAGUCCGAGCCAGAUAGUCACUUUGAGACUUAUCUCUUGGACUGUGAGCACACUUCAGGCGCCUUACCAAGCCUUUCCCAGACCCCCAAGCAGCCUCAGAAGCGUUCCCGAGCUGCCUUCUCCCACACUCAGGUCAUUGAGUUAGAGAGGAAGUUCAGCCAUCAGAAGUACCUGUCUGCCCCCGAAAGGGCUCACCUGGCCAAGAACCUCAAACUCACUGAGACCCAAGUGAAAAUAUGGUUCCAGAACAGACGCUAUAAGACUAAACGAAAGCAGCUGUCUUCAGAUCUGGGCGACUUAGAGAAGCCCUCCUCCUUACCAGUCCUGAAGGAGGGGGGCUUCUCCAGGGCCUCCCUAAUCUCCAUGUAUAACAGCUACCCUUACUACCCCUACCUUUAUUGCCUGGGCAGCUGGAGCCCUGCUCUCUGGUAAUGCCAGCUCAGAGGACAACUAUGUGCGAUCAGAAACUGCCUUCCCCGGAGAGUCUCUGUGGAAAACUGAAGGGGCUGAGGUCAGGAAGAGCUGGGGUCCAAGAGGUGUGCAGACCAAAACUGUUGGAGGUUUCUGUGGAAAUCCCAGAUUCUUCACUGGUGGGCCAAUGAAAGACCUAGGGCAGCGACUAUUUCACUAUCUAAAUAGUUCCCCCAGUGCCUGCCAUAGAUCACUGUUGCUUUUAGCUUACUGUUUGAGGAGAGGAAGAGAAAAACCAAGUGCUGUUCCCAGCACUUUGCUUGACUUUGGAUGAGCUGUGUGCCUUGCUCCUGAGGAUUCUGUUGCUGUGGCUCCAUCCUCCUGGGUGAUUGAUAUCAACUCUGAAAGAGCCAACCUAAGGAGAGAAAGACAGCCAAGAUGAGGAUGUCACCUACUGAAGUAAACUUAGGUUCAAAAAACUCCUAUUGGCCUUGGAAUGGGGCCCAGGUUUCUCUCUAUUCCUGUAAAA